GGAUUUUCAAUCUUUUUUUUUUUUUUGUUUUCAUUCUUUUGAUCUCUCUUUUCUUAUGCUUCCUUACCACUUAAUAUACGCUUAUCUAACUUAAUUCUCCUGAGUCGGGUUUGACGCCGUGGAUGUUGAGCCACUUUCAACUCUGAACUCCUUACUUUAACAUCGCGAAGAGUGUCAUCUCUAUCGCUCUAUCGCUACAAUGGCCACCUACGAUGCUGGCCUUGAUGGCCUGCAUCAAUUGACUCGUCGUGCUGACGAGGAUGUUCAAAGCACCAGCUCUUCGGCCUCCGGUCUGGUCAGCACCUUGGUCGUUGCGCUGAUUCCUGCCGUCGCCUUCGUUAUCCUCUUCGUGAUUCUCCGUAAGAGUCAGCGUCGCAUGUAUAUGCCCCGUACCUAUGUGGGCAGUCUGCGCGAAACGGAGCGCACCCCCGAUUCGCCUACUGGUCUUUGGGAUUGGGUUGUUAGCAUGUACCGCUUGCCGGACGAGUAUGUGCUGCAGCAUCACUCCAUGGACGCCUACCUCUUGAUUCGCUUCCUCAAGGUCGUUUCCAUGAUCUGCUUCGUUGGCUGCUGCAUAACCUUCCCCAUCUUGUUCCCCGUCAACGCUACCGGUGGAGCGGGCAAUCAGCAGUUGGAUCUUCUGAGUAUCUCCAACGUCGGCGAUGGCAAAGGUCGCUACUUUGCCCACGCUUUUGUUGCUUGGAUCUUUCUUGCUUUCGUCUUCUUCACCAUCACCAGAGAGAGCAUUUUCUACAUCAACUUGCGUCAAGCCUACUCCCUCUCCCCGGCUUAUGCUAGCCGUAUGUCGUCGCGCACUGUACUCUUCACCGCCGUGACCGAAGACUAUCUCAACCGGGACAAGAUCCGUCGGAUGUUCGGCACUGAAAAGGUGAAGAAUGUCUGGCUCACCACCGACACCAAGGAGCUGGCUGAAAAGGUCGAGAAACGUGACGAUGCCGCAAUGAAGCUCGAGGGUGCGGAAACUAAGCUCAUCAUGAUGGCCAACGGCAACCGCCUCAAGGCUUUGAAGAAACGAGAAAAGUCAGGCAACACCGAGCCUCUUCCCGACGAUGAGCUCGCCCAGGACUCUUGCGAAGAAUCUGGAUCUGUUGCCGCCCGUUGGGUCAAGGCGUCCGACCGUCCCACGCACCGACUCAAGAUGCUCAUCGGAAAGAAGGUCGACACGAUCAACUGGGCUAGAUCGGAAAUUGAACGCCUCACUCCGGAGAUCGAAGAGCUCCAGGCCAAGCACCGUGCGGGUGACGCCAAGUUGGUCACUUCGGUUUUUGUCGAAUUCUAUCACCAGACUGAUGCUCAGCUUGCUUACCAGUCUGUGGCUCACAACCUUCCUCUGCAUAUGGCACCUCGGUAUAUCGGCUUGGAUCCCACUCAGGUUAUCUGGUCGAACUUGCGCAUCAAGUGGUGGGAGCGAUUGCUUCGGUACGGUGUCACAAUGGCAUUUGUUGUCGCCCUCAUUGUGUUCUGGACUAUUCCCGUUGCUGUUGUUGGUGCCAUCUCCAACAUCAACUCCCUCACGAACAAGGUCCACUUCCUUCGUUUCAUCAACAAUAUGCCAUCCUUCCUCAUGGGUAUUAUCACCAACAUCCUUCCUACUGUUUUGCAGUCUAUUCUCAUGGCUUUGCUUCCAAUCAUCCUUCGAUUGAUGGCCAAAUUGAGCGGUGACCCCACCUUGGCCGCGGUGGAAUUGACCGUCCAGAACUGGUACUUUGCCUUCCAGGUGAUUCAAACCUUUUUGGUUGUCACUGUCGCGUCUUCUGCCUCCAGUGUUGCUAGCAAGAUCGCCAGCAACCCUUCCAGCGCCGCUACGCUGCUUGCGAACAACAUCCCCAAGGCUUCCAACUUUUACAUUUCGUACAUUAUCCUCCAGGGACUGUCGUUCAGUGCUGGUGCGCUCCUGCAGAUUGGUGGUUUGAUCGUUGGCAAGAUCUUGGGUAAAUUGUUUGACACAACGCCUCGUAAGAUUUACACUCGCUGGUCUUUGCUCGCCGGUCUGGGAUGGGGAACUGUUUACCCUGUUUUUACACUUUUGGUGAUUAUUGCCAUUACGUACUCAUGCAUCCAGCCCUUGGUGCUUGGAUUUUCGACCAUUGGUCUGUAUUUGUUCUACUUUGCCUACCGAUACAACAUGUUGUAUGUGUCCAACGCAGACAUCGACACUCAGGGCAAGUCGUUCUACCGCGGACUGCAGCACAUCACUGUCGGUUGCUAUCUGCUCAACGUCUGCUUGAUUGGUCUGUUUGCCAUUGGAACUGCGUCGGAUCCAAUUUCUGUUGGUCCCUUGAUCCUUAUGAUCAUCUCUCUGGUUGCCACCAUCUUGUACCACAUGUCUCUCAACAACGCUCUUGAGCCAUUGAUCAACUUCCUCCCUAAGAACUUGGAACACGAGGAAGAGGCUCUCCUGUCCAAGGACCGCAAGCUGGGCAACUCUGUGGACGAGAACUCGGACGGCCCCAGUGGCUCCCCUCACGACAGCGGCGUGGCCAACGUUGAUUCUGCCGAGAAGGGCUUGACCAACGGAGAAGGCAAUGCCCCUGACCCGAACGCGAACUUCAUCAUCAGAUGGUUCCGUCCCGACAUUUACAGCAGCUACGAGCAGAUGCGCCGUUGGGCCCCGCGCGACGAGGCCACGACCUAUCCUCCCGAGGUCGAGCGCAACGCGUACUUCCACCCCUCGGUCAACUCCCCUGCUCCUCUGCUCUGGAUUCCUCGGGACCCGAUCGGAGUCAGCAAGCAGGAAGUCGAGCACACCAUGAAGGUGAUUCCCAUCACCGACGAGGACGCCUGGUUGGACGAGAAGAACAAGAUCUGCUGGGACAUGGACAAGGGCGAGCCACCCAUCUACGAAGAAAAGAUCUACUACUAGUGGGUUAUAUACAGGGUGGUUGUCUCGUAUAUAUCGAUUUGGAUACUUGUCUUUUUGAUACCCAGUUCUCAGUCAGCCUUGGCUGUAUAUCCUCGGUGGUCUAAUAUUCUAAUUCUUCAUUCAGUUCUAUGAAUGCAUCUCUUCUAUGAUUAAUUAUGUGUUAUGUUCUUGUGUUUCACGAUGGACUUGAUGGGUGUCCCACAUCAUGAUUGCACACUAUAUAGCAGCAUGCAACCUAUGUUUAUGGACUCUAACUUGAAUCGUAUGCUUGUCGCGUAAGAUAGCAAUAACCAACCAACUAAAUUUCCCUCACCCUUUAGUCGUGAAG